UUCGAGGUAAACAAAGAAACACAAAAAAAUCUUUUAAAAAAUCAAAUUUUCAUCAAAAAGUGAAUUUAAAAAUCUCACCAAAGACUCGUUCGACAGUUAAACAUCUAGUCAUCUGAUUUCGCGACAUGGCAAGUGAUAGAGAAGUGUUACGCGAAAUAUGGGACGGAAAUAUUCCUGUUUGCUUUCAACUGGAUCCCGACGAAGAAGGUCUCCAAAAAUCUGAAUCUUUUUAUUUGAUGAUACCACGUCUGAGUUAUUUUCCGAUUGUAACUGAAAAAGUGAAAAAGCACUUUUUACGUUUCGUCCCAAACGAAUAUCAGGACAACGAAAUGUGGCUUUCUUACAACGGGACUCCCUUAAAAUGGCACUAUCCGAUUGGUGUCCUUUUUGACUUGUUCAACGUCGGCGAAGACAGCACCCUGCCAUGGGCUCUCACGGUACACUUUACAAAAUUCCCCGACGACGUGAUUUUUCGAUGUCCCAACCGAGAAACGGUCGAAGCGCAUUUCAUGGCGAGCUUGAAGGAAGCUGACGUCUUGAAACAUCGCGGGACAGUCAUGCAAAAUAUGCAAAAGAAGGAUCACACACAACUUUGGUUGGGUCUUGUUAAUGACAAAUUUGAUCAAUUUUGGGCCGUCAAUCGUCGCCUCAUGGAACAAGGAUCCGAUCAAGAAGGCGAUUUCAAACACAUUCCAAUCCGUUGCUAUAAUGAGGAUGGCACUUACCGACAAAAACUUGUGACACCAAUAAGCACCAGCGCAGAGAAUGGAGCGGGACAAAAGCGCACAGUACAGGAUCUGUUAAAUGAAUUUUCAACACCUGUACGGAAAGCAGUGUCAGCCAAAACUCAUGGAAUCACACUGCCGGAAGAUACGCCGCUGCAAUGGCUAUCGGAGCACAUGAGUUAUCCGGACAACUUUUUGCACAUUUGUCUUACGUUCGAAGCUGUAGCUGCCUAAGAUCUCAGGCAAAGAAUUAUAAAUGCUUAGAUGUACUUUUUAAUAACAAAUAAACCAUGUAAUUAUCUUGAAA